GGGCGCUGUUGGCAUUUCUACCGGGUAUAUUCCGUUCCGGUGCUCGGGCUCAGGUUGGAUCGGGGUGCUGCUGAGUGCUCCUGCUGUACGUAUAUCAACGUGUAUCACGUAUGGAGCGGUUGGCACUGAGCGCAUUGAACGAGUGAAACGAAAGACUAUUUGCGCGUUUUGAGACAGCGAGCGACAAUAAUCAUCGUUGCACGUUUUCACAAAGAAAAACAAUGAAGUGGCACAUCUUAUUCACAGCGCUCGCUGUGUUAUGCGCAACUAUAUAUGCAGAGGAGGAGGAAGAAGCUGCUAGAUUAUUAGUUUCCAAACAGAUACUCAAUAAAUAUCUGGUAGAAAAUAUGGACAUAGUUAUUAAGUAUACUAUUUAUAAUACUGGCAACGUGGCAGCGUUGGAGGUCGAGAUUACGGACAAUUCGUUCCAUCCAGAUCAUUUCACUCACGUGAGUGGCGAAUUGAACGCUAGAAUCGAUCGCGUGCCACCCUAUACCAAUGUGAGCCAUACUGUGGUAGUGAGGCCACGCAAGUUUGGAUAUUUCAACUUUACUUCAGCUGAAGUUCUCUAUCGUCGCAAGGAGGAUGCCCCCAGAUUACAAGUAGCUGUGAGCAGUGAACCUGGCGAGGGGCUCAUUGUGGCAUACAGGGACUAUGACAAACAGUUUUCAUCUCAUGUGGUCGAUUGGGCCGCGUUCGCCGUGAUGACUCUACCUUCCUUGCUCAUUCCAUUCGCCUUGUGGUACUCGAGUAAAUGUAAAUAUGAAAAAUUAUUGAAGAACACGAAAAAACAUUGAUUGUAUAUUACAUAUUAGAAUCGUUUCUAGAAAUUUCUAGGUCACUUUAUAAAUUUUCCUAUAUCAUUGUAAGAAACACAACUGUUCUAUUACGUACAUCUAACUUUUGUAAUAAACGUGACGCUAUUUAU